AUGGUUGCUAGAAAGUGAAAAGAUCAUCAAGCGACAGUUGAAGUCGUCCAUGGACUGAUAAGCCAGCCAGCUAGAUAGUACCAACAAGAUCAGAGAGAAAUUGUUAAAUCGAGAGACCGACUUGUCUUCACAUCAAUUCGACUUUAAAAAGGACUGCCAGUAUAAUGUUUUAUUCAAAUUCAUGGACCAAGUGCUUGAUAUGCCUUAUCUUUAUAACAAGUGGAAAUGCUGAGUGUCCCAAACCUCAAGUAGAGGGAAAUUUUGUUCUAACGAAUGAUGCGCUCUUAAAAAACGAUUUUCCGGAGGGCACGGAAGCCACUUUUGAGUGUGCCAACGGCUACUUGAAAGAGCAAGGAUCUGAAAGGAUCACCUGCACAAGUGGAGAGUGGAGCACGCUCGAAUUAACCUGCAAAAAGAAGGACUGUGGUGCCCCCAGGAAGAUAGCACAUUUGACUUAUGAGUUUGGUGAGGAAGGCACACUUUUUGGUGCAUCAGCAAAGGCAAUCUGUGAUAAAGGUUAUCAACUUAUGGGCCCAAGUUACAGGCAAUGUUAUGCCAACGGUUGGAGUGGGAGACCAAGAUGUGAAGUGGUAACUUGUGAAAAACCUAUUGAGAUAAAGAAUGGCACGAUCACAGAGCAGCCUGACAAAGAGUUUCCAGAGUAUGGUGGUGUCAUACAGUACUCCUGUGAUGAAGGUUACACCCUCAUUGGAAACAAAUCCAUUGAGUGCAAUGAAGAUGGUGAAUACAACUCAGUCCCUCCUGAAUGUAAAGAUGGCAAUGACAUUCCUUUGAAACCAACAACAACUAUAUCAACAACAUCAAUAACAACAACAACAACAUCGACUGUUCCACCCAUAAUACAAGAUGUCGAUGACAUUCCUUUGAAACCAACAACAACUAUAUCAACAACAUCAAUAACAACAACAACAACAACAUCGACUGUUCCACCCAUAAUACGAGUUUCAGGGAGGAAUAAUGGCAUUGGUGAACAUGACACCAAUGCAGCUACUGGGAAUGCAGCAGUUGUGGGAAGUGUGAUCGGCACUGUCAUAGUUACACUUAUUGUGCUGUUCACACUAUAUCGUUUUUAUAAGAGGAAAGGCUCAUACCAGACGGGAGAAGACCCAAGUCGAAAAGAGGAGUUAUUACAAUUUAAAAAUAACUAAGUUGAAUGCCUACCCAAGGGCUAGGACUGCUCCUAUCUGCUAGUCUGCAUCUGUAGCCUUGAAAAGAAGUGCCAGUGCCCAGCAGAUUGUUUCUCUGACCAUUUCCUGGUUGGACAAAGCCACUUAAUCUACAGUGCCCUUUACGUAUGUGGCAUUACUGAAUGGAAGGUAUAAUUGCACUUUUUUAUGAAGUUAUAUGAAAUCGUUUUUGAAAGUCACUUCAGCGGAAAUGUUUUAACCCAAUGUUCAAAAUCCGGUAUUAUUUUUUAUGUAUUUAUAUAGAAAACUGGAAUAUGCGUAAUUGUCUUUUCAACUACCAUGUUUGACUACAGAUUGCUAGCUUGCUCUGUUGUGUGGGCAGAAGCCCCUGUAAUAAGAUGAAUGCACUAAACAAAAUGUAUGAUUGAGAAAAUUCCCAGGCUGAUAAUCACUGACCAUUCCUAAAAGUGUGCUUACUGAUCGUGGCUCACAUGAAAAUAACAAUAAGGGACGGUUUCCUGGACCCAGGUUAAGUCUACUGUAUUCCUUUUCAAGUAGGCUUAAUCUGGGUCUGGCAAAGCAGCUCUUCAUGUUAAUUUCCUGCAGCCCCAAAUGUCACAAAAUAAUGUCAAUCUUAUAUAUGUAGAGGUUUUGUACUUUGAUUUUAUAGUGUGUAUUGUGUAAUUUAAGAGAUCAAAUCAUUUUAUGAUAACUGCCUUUUCUCCUUCUUUGAGACACAUUUGUGUAAAUAUGAAAGUAUGUACAUUGUCAAAAAUCAGUGUUUGGUAGGUUAGUUUGUAAAUGUUACUAUACUAUAUCCCAGAAAUGUUCCAUAUGCACAAAAAGCUUAUUUCUCUCAAAUGUUGUGCAUCAAUUUGUUUAUAUCCCUGUUAGUGAGCAUUUUUCCUUAGCCAGAUAAUCCAUCCACCUGACAGGUGUGGCAUAUCAAGAAGCUGAUUAAACAGCAUGAUAAUUACAAAGGUGUACCUUGUGCUGGGGACAAUAAAAGGC